AGUUAUUCCAAAAGAUACUUUCACCUUUAAACAUCCAGGAGCGAUGAGUCAUGCUCGUUGGAUGUCGAAGAUUGAAUGAUCAGAUUUCCGAUGAUUCUUUAAUAACAAAAUUACAAGAUUUCAUCGUUUUAUCUGAUCCAGUUUGUUCAUUAAUUAAUAAAUGUCAACAGUCAAAUUUUACUUUACCUGAUGCAGCUGAAGAGUGGAUGAAAUUAAACGUUCCGACUGAGAAUGAAAAAAUUCAAGAAAUUGUCCAAAAACGCAUUGACAAAGUAUUGACUCCAAUUUUAUUAGCAGCGAAUUUAUUGCAUACAGAUUAUCAAGGAAAACAGUUUCGUCAUACCGAUAAAUAUUAUUCUCAAGCUAUUGAAUUUAUAAGGAAUGAAUUAAAUGAAUCUUAUCAUGAAAUGGAAGCUUAUGAAAAUAAAGUUGGAAUUUUUGAAUCAUUACUGAAAAAAGGAAAUGUCCCUCCAAAAUUAUUUUGGCAAAUGGCCGAAAACUCAUACCCAGUAAUUUCUCAAUCAGAUCAACGAUUGAUUAACAUUCCAUCGUCAUCAGCACAAAUUGAAAGAUUAUUUUCAAACUGGUCAUUUGUUCAUUCUUGUCUUCGAAAUCGUUUAACACCCGAACGUUCAGAAAAGUUAAUCGACAUUUAUUAUACAUUGAAAAUGAGUUCUGGAAAUUCGAAAUGAGUAUUUAAAAUAUAUAUAUUGUGUAAUGUGUAUGUAUUAUUAUAAA